ACGGGGGACGAGGGAGGGGAGGCGGGAAACAGCUUAGUGGGUGCGGGGUCGUGCAGUUCCCUCAGGCAGGCGGGUGGAGAGAAUCCGAAAUGGCGGUGCAGCCGAAAGAGACGCUGCAGCUGGAGAGCGCGGCCGAAGUCGGCUUUGUUCGCUUCUUCCAGGGCAUGCCGGAGAAGCCGACCACCACGGUGCGCCUCUUCGACCGGGGCGACUUCUACACGGCACACCGGGAGGACGCGCUGCUCGCCGCGCGGGAGGUGUUCAAGACCCAGGGGGUGGUGAAGUACAUGGGGCCGGCAGGAGCAAAGACUUUGGAGAGUGUUGUGCUUAGUAAAAUGAAUUUUGAGUCUUUUGUAAAAGAUCUUCUUCUAGUUCGUCAGUACAGAGUUGAAGUUUAUAAGAAUAGAGCUGGAAAUAAGGCCUCCAAGGAGAAUGAUUGGUAUUUGGCAUUUAAGGCUUCUCCAGGUAAUCUUUCUCAGUUUGAAGACAUUCUCUUUGGUAACAACGAUAUGUCAGCUUCCAUUGGUGUUGUGGGUGUUAAAAUGUCUUCAGUUGAUGGCCAAAGACAAGUCGGAGUUGGGUAUGUUGACUCCAUGCAGAGGAAGCUAGGACUGUGUGAGUUCCCGGAUAAUGAUCAGUUCUCCAAUCUGGAGGCUCUCCUGAUUCAGAUUGGACCAAAGGAAUGUGUUUUACCAGGAGGAGACACUGCUGGAGACAUGGGAAAACUGAGGCAGGUUAUUCAGAGGGGAGGAAUUCUAAUCACAGAAAGAAAAAGAGCUGACUUUUCCACAAAAGAUAUUUACCAGGACCUCAACCGGUUGUUGAAAGGCAAAAAGGGAGAACAGAUGAAUAGUGCUGUGUUGCCAGAAAUGGAGAAUCAGGUUGCAGUUUCUUCGUUGUCUGCAGUAAUCAAGUUUUUAGAACUCUUAUCAGAUGAUUCAAACUUUGGACAGUUUGAACUGACUACUUUUGACUUCAGCCAGUACAUGAAAUUGGAUAUUGCAGCGGUCAGAGCCCUUAACCUUUUCCAGGGUUCUGUUGAAGAUACUACUGGCUCUCAGUCUCUGGCUGCAUUGCUGAAUAAAUGCAAAACCCCUCAAGGACAAAGACUGGUUAACCAGUGGAUUAAGCAGCCUCUCAUGGACAAGAACAGAAUAGAAGAGAGAUUAAAUUUAGUAGAAGCUUUUGUAGAAGAUGCAGAAUUAAGGCAGAGUUUACAAGAAGAUUUACUUCGUCGAUUUCCAGAUCUCAACAGACUUGCCAAGAAGUUUCAGAGACAAGCAGCAAACUUACAAGAUUGUUACCGACUCUAUCAGGGUAUAAAUCAACUCCCUAAUGUUAUUCAGGCUCUGGAAAAAUAUGAAGGAAAACAUCAGGCAUUGCUGUUGGCAGUUUUUGUGACUCCUCUUAUUGAUCUUCGCUCUGAUUUCUCCAAGUUUCAGGAAAUGAUAGAAACAACUUUAGAUAUGGAUCAGGUGGAAAACCAUGAAUUUCUUGUAAAACCUUCAUUUGAUCCUAACUUGAGUGAAUUAAGAGAAAUAAUGGAUGACUUAGAAAAGAAGAUGCAGUCAACAUUAAUAAGUGCAGCUAGAGAUCUAGGCUUGGAUCCUGGCAAACAGAUUAAACUGGAUUCCAGCGCACAAUUUGGAUAUUAUUUUCGCGUGACGUGCAAGGAAGAAAAAGUCCUUCGUAAUAAUAAAAAUUUCAGUACAGUAGAUAUCCAGAAGAAUGGUGUUAAAUUUACCAACAGUAAAUUGACUUCUCUCAAUGAGGAGUAUACCAAAAAUAAAACUGAAUAUGAGGAAGCCCAGGAUGCCAUUGUUAAAGAAAUUGUCAAUAUUUCUUCAGGCUAUGUAGAACCCAUGCAGACACUCAAUGAUGUGUUAGCACAGCUAGAUGCUGUCGUCAGCUUUGCUCAUGUGUCCAAUGGAGCACCUGUUCCAUAUGUACGGCCAGUCAUUUUGGAGAAAGGACAAGGGAGAAUUAUACUGAAAGCAUCCAGACAUGCUUGUGUUGAAGUUCAAGAUGAAGUUGCAUUUAUUCCUAAUGAUGUUCACUUUGAAAAAGAUAAACAGAUGUUCCACAUCAUUACUGGUCCCAAUAUGGGAGGUAAAUCAACAUAUAUUCGCCAGACUGGGGUGGUAGUUCUCAUGGCCCAGAUUGGGUGUUUUGUGCCAUGUGAGUCAGCAGAAGUGUCCAUCGUGGACUGCAUCUUGGCCCGGGUAGGGGCUGGUGACAGUCAAUUGAAAGGAGUCUCCACGUUCAUGGCUGAAAUGUUAGAAACUGCUUCUAUUCUCAGGUCUGCAACCAAAGAUUCUUUAAUAAUCAUAGAUGAAUUGGGAAGAGGAACCUCUACCUAUGAUGGAUUUGGGUUAGCGUGGGCUAUAUCAGAAUACAUUGCAGCAAAGAUCGGUGCUUUUUGCAUGUUUGCAACCCAUUUUCAUGAACUUACUGCCUUGGCCAAUCAGAUACCAACUGUUAAUAAUCUACAUGUCACAGCACUAACUACUGAAGAGACCUUAACUAUGCUUUAUCAGGUGAAAAAAGGUGUCUGUGAUCAAAGUUUUGGGAUUCAUGUUGCCGAGCUUGCUAAUUUCCCCAGGCAUGUAAUAGAGUGUGCUAAACAAAAAGCCCUGGAGCUAGAGGAGUUUCAGAAUAUUGGGAAAUCACAGGAAUAUAAUGAAAUGGAACCAGCAACAAAGAGGUGCUAUCUGGAAAAAGAGCAAGGUGAAAAAAUUAUUCAAGAGUUUCUAUCCAAGGUGAAGCAAGUGCCCUUUACUGAAAUGUCAAAAGAAAACAUCAUAAUAAAGUUAAAACAGCUGAAAGCUGAGGUGAUAGCAAAGAAUAAUAGUUUUGUAAAUGAAAUAAUUUCACGAAUAAAGGUAACCACGUGAGUAAAUUCCACUAAAUGGAAUGAAGAUAAUAUUGAUAAGCUAUUGUCUGUAAUGCUUUUCUACUGUUUUAUAUUAACCUUUCUUCCAUAGUGUUGGCAAUUGAUGUCCAUGGGAUAUCAAAUUAAUAAAAUAUUUAGUAUACUUCACUCUACCUGAGUAUAUUUUCAAAGACCUUUAUUUUGAAAAAUGGGAGCUGUAACUGAGGAAGACUUAAAUGGACAUGGGCGAUAGUAGGCAAUAUGUUGAAUUUUAUAAAUAAAAUCGUGUAGUUUUUA